CCUGGGGUGGGGCGCAGUGGAGGGCGUUUCCCGCGCGGUCAGGCCUGGUUCAGUCAGUUUGCGGGGGCCGCGCACGCCGCACGCAGACAGGUCCGGCGAUGGCGCUGGGCUCGGCCUGGGGGCGGGUGUCGUGGCUCUAUUACCAGUACCUGCUGGUCACCGCGCUCUACAUGCUGGAGCCCUGGGAGCGGACGGUCUUCAAUUCUUUGCUGGUUUCUAUUGUUGGAAUGGCGCUGUACACUGGCUAUGUGUUCAUGCCUCAGCACAUCAUGGCGAUAUUACACUACUUUGAAAUUGUGCAGUGAUGAAGAAAGUAUAUUCAAGAAGUAAUAGUGAUUCAAGAUUCAUCCUGCAAAGAAGAUCCAACCGCCUAGUUUUAACGAGACUUCUACAGAUGUCAGAACGAGAAACACACAACUAUGACUCUGAAGACUAGGAAACCAGAUGUGUAGAGCAGGGACACAACAUGCCUCGUGUGUUGUGUUCAUUCACUUUAAUUUUACAAGAUGCCCUUGUAUAGUAGUUUUGCCUAUUUUAACAUUGUUUGUACUUUGAUACCAGUAUUUUCUUAACUUUGUGAAAAGUAGUUUGUAAACAUCAACUCAGGUGUACUGUCUGCUGUCCAGACUUUGUCCAACAAAAUAUUUGUGCAUAACUAUAUUUGGCUUUAGCAACAACAAAGUCUUCUGUAUUCCUGCUGAUGGAGGAAGGGGGUGGAUGAGAUAGAGUUAACACUUCAUUCAUUAUGUUUGGGAUAAGACUAUAGAUGCAGUCUUUCCAAAGUUGGAGCAAAAGGACUAAUGGACUUAUAUUCUUUCAUGAACUGCAUCUAGGCCCUCAAGAUUUUGUGAUAAUUUAAUGUUCUAACUUCUAACUAAACUGUACUUGUACAUAAUGCUCGUCUUCCGAGGAUUAUGUUUCUGUGCAGAUGGAGAGGAGUGUUUUUCCUGUGCUCAUUGUCAGCAGUGUAAUUGUCUAGUUUUAAACUGCUGUAUUGCAGUUAAUGUUCCAAAUGCAUUUGAACAUACUCUUGUUACAAAUGACCAAACCAUAGGAUUCUGAAUGGACUUAAGUUAAAACUACAAAAAUAAGAAGCUGAAUACUUGGCUGAAGUCCAACUUUGUUCUUAACUUUUUUCAGAUUUGUAUUCUGAAAUGUAAGAUGGCAACAACCUGACUUUCUAAGGUGGAGGAUAUAUUUUUAGUUUUUAAAAAUAAAAACUAAAAGCAGAAUU